AUGGCGACUCCGGUACUAGCACCUAAGCCCGUACAUCCAACGCCAAUGCGUAAUCAUGGAUUGCUGGGCAUAUCGUAUGUACGACAGCAUAUGAUGGUCGAUGAUCGAUGGGCGGCUAAUGCUCUUAUUGAGGAAUUUCACGAUAUGGCCAAUCUAUUGACAAAGCGGUUAAUAUUUAAGAAUCUAGAGACUAAUGCUUAUCGCAAGACAUUGAAAAAGUCGGCCCGUCGUUUGCGUAUACAAUGUCGGGAUGGUCGCAGUCUGUUGCAGAAUGUUAUGAACGGUGAUAAUAUCGCUGCUAUAAGAAAUGUAUUAAUCAAUCAUAAGGACAUGCAACGUUUAUAUCAGAAAAUGAACGUUUUUCAAGUCGUCGAUAAUAUUAAUCAACGGACAUUUGUUAUGCGUAAGGAACGUGAUCGUUUAAAUCAUCGUUUGGCUCGCUUAAAAGAUGAAUACAAACGAGAUCUAUUGGAGCGGGCAACAAUUGAGAAUCGCAUUAAAUAUCAAAACGAAUUCAUAUUGGAGGAGGAAUUUCGUAUGCGUGAAUUUACGAAAAAAAUCGAAAAUUCAGAUGUCCGCCUGACUGCCAUACGUACGAUUAAUUCAACAUAUAAGAAAAUUAUUCAGAUUUUACGGCAUGACGAGAUUUUCUAUGAACCGAUACUACGUUCUUUGUCCCGCGACAUUGAUGAUCAGGCGUCCUUCAUUAAACAUAUUCUUUACUUAGGAAUGCCCGCAAUAGCGAAAUUUAAUCAAUUAAGUGAAGAGUUUCGACAAAUGGAUGAAAAAUCGCGCAAAUCAACUCAAUUUAAACUAUCAGUUAUAAUGGGUUUUAAACGAACAAGUUUAAAACGUUUCUCCAAUCUUGCAAAGCUGCCGAAAGAAAAUGUGGUCGUUAAUAUCUCGAAGCGUUAUACUAGAGAGACGAAAAGCAUGCUAAAAUUGAAAGAGCAAUUGGAAGAAAUUGAAAUAAUAAUUAAGAAAAUCAAAGUAGCGACCUUAUGUUCAAGGGCAACUGAAAUAUUUCCGAGAAUAAAAGUCCAAAUGGAACAUAACAUAAAAUUGAUGAAAAGGAAUGAAAUCGGAACCAUAUCGAAUGAGUUUUUAAUCUUCAAAAAUAAAGUCGCCGAAGAACAAGAAAGUGUUCUACUACACAAUUACUUUGAGGAGGAAGAAGAUCGAAUAAAUCGGAUUAGAUUUCUAGAAGAAGCCAUAACAGUUGAGGAUCGUAAAGAAGCGACAAUAAUAAGGCAUAUGAAACAUCGGACAGAUACUUUCGUUGUGUUAAGAUACACUUUAUGGAAUCUCCUCGAUAUAUUAAGAUAUGUGGAUAAGCCGUCCCGUAUUGUUCCGUUACAAUAUCCGAAUACAUAUUUAAAAUUACCGUUAUUAAAAUUUGAUAUGCUAAUAAUGCGUGCUUCAGCUCCCCCGGCAUUUGAACAGAAUACUAAGGCAAUGUUAUCAAUGGUAGAACGUAAGUUAACAAUCUUAAUGAGUGCAUAUAAAUAUUUAUUGGGCCGUCAAAAUAUACAAAUGACACCAACGCAAAUGAGAGCGUUCUGGAGAACUUAUCACGAGGGAUUCCUAGAAAUACAAAAUGUGACAGACGAGAAGGAAGCCAUGCGCGAUAAAAACAACCUUGAAGAUGGACAAGAGAUCUUCGAAGAUGCUAAACUGCUUCAAACUGUACCAAAUCGUAAACAAAUUAAAGCACAAAGCGCUAGAAUUGUUGAAGAGCUUUCAAAGAAAGAAGAUUAA